GGCACUUGGGUGUUUGGGGGGCUGGUUCCGGACCGGAAGUGCGUGGGUUACUGGGUUGGCUCUGCUUAGGGUUUUCAGGAAAUAUGGAAGAGACUAGGGGAGUUGGAGCUGAAGGACUCUUGUGAUCAGUGGGCGCCCUCCGAGGGAAAAAAAAAGGGAGGAUGCCACUGGAAUCGUCUUCCUCGUCAGUGCCGCCAUCCUUGCCUUCUGUGUUACCUUCAGUGCCAGAUGACAUUGCCAGCUCGUCCCCUCCUCCAAUGUCUUACAUCACUUCUCAGGAGAUGAAGUGUAUUCUUCACUGGUUUGCCAGUUGGUCAGGUCCUCAGCGGGAACGUUUUCUACAAGACCUGGUGGCCAAGGCAGUGCCAGGAAAGCUACAGCCACUGCUGGAUAGUUUGGAGCAGCUCAGUGUCUCUGGGGCAAAUCGACCCCCUUGUAUCUUUGAGUGUCAGCUACGUCUUUGGGAUCAGUGGUUUCGAGGUUGGGCCGAGCAGGAGCGCAAUGAGUUUGUCAGGCAGCUGGAAGUCAGUGAGCCAGAUUUCGUGGCAAAAUUUUACCAAGCAGUGGCUGCUACUGCUGGUAAAGACUGACAGGCAUUCAGAUUAAGAAGACAAUGUGAUCCAGCCAAGGCUGUAACCACAGUGAAGACGCAGUGCAAGCGUGUCACUUAAGGAUUCGCCUGGACUGCUGGCCAGUGGGCAGUGCUGCAUCUUUUUAUUCCAGCACCCACGAGGCAGGGGCAGCCUGGGCUACAGAGUGACCCAGUGCUACAAAGUGAGACCCUGCCUUGAAAAAGAAAGGGCUCAUGCCUGAAGUUCAUGGUGAGGGCCAGCACUGUUUCUAACGUAGCAUGUCACCUGGAUUCCGUAGAGGUGAUCCAUUUAAGCAAACCUGAUUAUGUCAGGCACCUGCUUUAUUUACAGGAGAUACCUAAAUCUCAAGAAUGGCUGCUUUUGUUACUGUAACCGAAAAGAACCUAUAUCUUGUAACUCAAGCCUACUGCUGGCCCAGAUGUGACUAGUUUACCACAUUUCCCUAACUCUAGCAUAAUUAUGUGACUUCCCAACUGUUGGAUGAUUUGAUAAAAUAAGUGAUUUAAUAAAAUUAAGAAAAUUCAAGAGAAGGAAAUAAUUACUUAAUCCAUCACAUUGUCUGACUCUCAAGAGCAAUGGAAAUUAGUAAAAGUAUCAAAUAGGAGCCACCUUUCUAAAGCAUGUGUGAUAUCCUUGGGGCUGGUGGCAGAUGUUCCUGUUCUGUUGGUCUACAGCAGUCUAAAAAUCAGCUGCACUUCGCAAGUUAAACUUGGUCUUGUGGGGAGAGUAUCAAAAUAAAGACCACAUUUUGUACAUGGCAA